AUGUCUUUCUUCUCGGAGGCAACUCAUCGGUUCUUGCCAGUUCCUGAGGACAGUAGAAUAGAGACAAAAUCAUUUUUAGAUGCUGCCAGUGAAGUAGUACCCUUUUUUGGUAAGUAGCCUUUGGUAAGAUACAUAAGUUCUCUAGAACAAAUAUGGAUAGAACUUUAAGAUCAUGCAGCUAAUCUGAAUUUUGUGGAUCAUCAUGAUUUCCAGCAGUGAUUACCCGUAUAAAAGAUUGAUUUUAAACCCUGUUGUUUGCUCUCUAGUAUUGACUGAGAAAAAGUAAUAUCUGUUUUACGUAAAGAUAGAAAUGUCGAAAAUAUCGAGGCCUAAAAAAUUUUUAAUAUGAACGAGGGGUGAUGACGUGGAUUCAGAAUGUAAAAUGCACUGUUGGGUUGUAGAUAAAAACCAGCAGUGUAGUGCAAAACCAACUUGGUUGAAUAUGAUGCUAUCAGAGAGAUCAGAAUAAAGUUGAGAGUGACUGGCAAGCAAGUUCUUAAUCCUUGGGAUUAUUGGUUUAUCCCUCAAGAACUUGCCUACGGCUGUCAAGAUUGUCAAGUGUGAUCUAUCUCUCUUCACGAAUAAUUUGUGUUUGUACAUGGUCAUUUUCUGUAAUCUAUGGUAAUGGGUACAUACGUAUGUUGUGGUUCAAUUUUAUCCUUGUUUUAAAUUAUAUUUUCCCUUGUUUUAAACUCAUUAUCAUACAUUAGCAUACCCCUACGUACCCUACCACGGCAUAGAAUGGAACCACUAUAUGAUGCAUUCACUUACGUAAAUGUGACCUUGUACCCAGAUUUCUUGUUGACUUUGAAGGGGAGAUCUGGCCAAAUCCUAUCUGAGCAUGUGAUGGCCUGUUAGGAAUGGGACAGGCGAUGAAAUAUUUGCAUGCUUAAAAUAAAUCCUCAAAAUGGUGGCUGUGUUUUAAACAGCAACUUUGAUAGAGCUAUUAGUUUUGUCUGACCAAAAGUAAGGAGAAAUUAUAGAGUGCCCUUUCCCUACCCUCCACCUGGAUUUAAUAGAUGACAAUAAUAAUCAGCAGGAGUACCAGGAGCUAAUUCAGGAAGUGCGGAUCCCUUAUGCAUAGAUUCUUUGUAUAAGAGGAGCACUGACAUUUGAAUAUUAAAUAAAUAAUACUUGUAAAUUCUGAGCUGUAUAUAAUUUAAAUAACAGGAAUGUAGCAAGAUUCUGAGACGAUAUUUUUCAGUUUGCUUUACUGCAACAUUAAUUACUAAUUAGUAUUCUCUGUCUCAUUAUGUUCUUGUCCAACAGAUGUUUUAGGACCUACAGCAUUUGCUCCUGUUAAGUCUGAUAUAAAUGGUAACAUAAAGGUAUAGUAUUGCGUGGUUAAAAAUUUAUUUUCUUUCACCAUUUGUCCAAUCCAGAAGAGUAGCAAGAAUACUUUACAAUUUCUUUUAUCAUGGAGCAUAAGGGAUGAGCAAUAAAACCUUUGCCUGCGUUUGAGUUAAUGCACAUCUCAGGCAACUAUGUUGAUGAAAAAAUUGUUGAGACAUUUAUCAAACUGGCUGAAGUUUGGCAAACAAAACAAUCUUUCCUCACCCCUCCACUCAAAGCUGGGUUACAGGUAGCUUGAACAGUGGCACAAGGGUGGCAGUGGGGAAGCUUCAUUUUAACCUUUUGAAGUUAAAAUGUUAAAAUGUGAUAAAUGUCCUUGAGGGUAAAGUAUCUUCUAAUUUUGUUACUGAUGGUAGAACCUUGAAAUCCAAGAUUUGGCCUCAGAGGUUCCAUACCAUGGGGAGAAUGUGAUUCUGCUAUCCUAUAAAUCUGUUGUUUUCUGAUUUUGAUCUUUUGUGUCUGUGUGUUGUUUUUAGAAACUUAGAGAGAAAUUUGCACAAGAUCCAGAAAAAUUUAAAACAUUGCAAGAUAUUGUUGAAAGUGAGAUAGCCACAGGAACAACCACCGCCAAGAAUUCUGCCACAGAUGCCUUGCUUUGGCUAAAAAGGUUGGUCACAGACCUUUUACUUGUCAUAUAUUGCAAAAGGAAAAAAUCAUACUACUGACGUUUGGACAUGGGGAUGUUUUGGCUAGUGGUAUUUAAUGUUUUUUCUCUGAUAAAGUCAAAGCUCCCUUAAGCAGCCAUUGGCUGGAAGCAAGGAAUGCAAAUGUGUCCACAACUGCAUUUUAUGAGGCCUUCCAAGGGGGGUAGCCUUGCUGCCAUGACACACCCCUUUUAAUACCUAUGUCACCAAACCAAUGGCUGCAAAUGUCACUGUCAUUGUUCUCCCUAAACGAAAAUGUCGCUGUCACUUCCAGGUAUCUAUAAAGUCUCUAUAUAGCUAGUAAAUACUUUAAAAUAAUGGAGCCGGUGGUUGGAUCAUACUCAACCUAAUUUUUAAAAAUGACCCCUGGGUGUAAACCUUUCACAUUGAAAAAUUGUUUGUUCAAUAAAGAUACCAAAGCUGUAUGUGGUGCAGUUGAAUUGAAAGUGUUGACCAGGUGAAAAAAGUCUAACAGUUUUGGUUGACAAGUACAAAUACAUGCAAUAAAGCUGCAUUCCUAGGUACGUGGAGUUCAAGGGAAAUUUUGCUGUUUGUGCAUAUUGCAGUUAGCUUCACAAUCAUGAUAUUCAGCACAUGCUGCUCAUUAUUUCACUGGAAAUGACCUUCAUUUAUCGGGAACUGAUUUCAUUAUUGAAAUAAAAACUCCUCUUUUGAAAUUAAUUGACAUCUUUUAUGGUAGCCUUAUUUGAAGUAAUGAAUGUUGAUUGGGUAAUACUACCUAAAACAAGUUACAAACACGCAAAAAUACCAAACCAUUAGUGAUCAAGAUUUGCUGACCAAGAAUAGUCUUCAGGCUCUUCUUGUCGCCUGCAACAAACAAAAGAACUAAAAUAGUGAUACUACUACAAAUAAUAACAUUUAACUAACCCUCGCUAAAGUUUUAAACCCUUACAAUUAUGUACACUAUGGAUGAACAAAUUAUAAUAGUUAUUGUGAUAAUAAUAAAUCGUACAUCAUACAACUAAGAAUAUUAAAACAUAUAAUUUUGCAAGGCAUUUUUAAAAUGGUUGAUUCCUUUGACCUCCCUUAUUUUUGUGGGUAAGGAGUUUCAGAACAUGGCAACAAAUAUUAGAAGAAGAUCUGUGUACCCACUCUGAAUUUAAACAUAGUAUAGCUAAUUUAGUUCCUGUGCCCUGUAGAUUGAGUUAAGCUUUGGCUAUUUGAGCCCCCUUGGAUUGUGAGUGUCUUACCUUUAAUGUUUCCUUUGGGGAUUUAUGAGCAUCCUGAAUGCGAAUGUGAGAAACCCCAAGGUUCACAUGUCAGGGGUAUGGUUUAAAGGCCUUCAUUUGGUGUUGCUAAUUUCUCCAUUAACCUUUCUCCUUAGUUUCCUUGCCUUACACUCAUUCAGCCUUCAAAACUCAUCUUUUGCAUUUUUUAAUUCUCUCUCACAGAGCACUUCAGUUCAUUGUUGUGUUUCUUGAAGAGGUUCUUACAGGAGAACAGGAUCUUGUGAAAUGUGCCAAGAAAGCUUAUGAGGCAUCACUUAAGAGAUAUCAUGGCUGGAUGGUUCAGGGAGUUUUUUCCGUAGGUUUUAUAAAUUGAUGUUUUCAAUGACUGAUAACCCUCCCUAGAGUGUCACUUGUUUCCUUUUGACCACUCUAUUAUUGAGGGUAUAUGAUAAACUGCUGCUUAAAAGCCCACCCCCUCCACUUACACCCCCCCCCCCCCCCCCAUUUUUCUUGGUGGUUGGACGUUGUGUUUUUCGUUCUUUGUUUUUUAAAUUUAUUUUUUUAAUAACUGAAAACCCUCCCCAGAGUUUCACUUGUUUCUUUUUGGCCCCUCUAUUUUUUGGGGUAUAUUAUAAACCUCUGCUUAAAACGCCCCCCCCCCCCCUUUCCCCCCCCCCCCCCCCCAGUUAUUAUAGGGCCAUCUACAUGUAAACAAAAAGGUACAUCCAAUAAUUAUGAGCCCCUCAAAAUUAAUGUAAUCCCCCCUCGAAAUGUAUUACAGUCAGGGCAGGUCAAGAUUGCAUUAAUGAAGUUAUUAUGCAAAGGUUGAAUCCAUUGGUAGUUGUACAUUUCAGUUUUGUCUCUGCACUUCUGCAUAUGUAAUGAACAGUGAAUUCACACGCGAGGUAGUAGUGAAAUUUCUGCCAGCUCAGUUUUCUGGACUUUGAUGUAAAAACAAUUUUAUCCAUUCAAAGUUUUUCAAUCUGACCGAAUACAGAGGAGUUAUCAUGAGAAAUUCGCUGCUCAUCACGCUUGCAGGAAAUUAUGCAGAUUUGAAUUUGAGACUGGUUGCGGCAACAACUAAUAGAUUCAUUUUUUCCAAUAAUCGAUUCAUUGAUGCAAUCUUGGGGGGUACACUUGACCUGCCUUGACUGUAAAAUGAAUUUGAUUUAUUAACCAGUAAAUGCAAAAGGAUUUUAGAUCAGCAUCACUAUAGCUUGUUUCAAAGUGCUUUUUCUAUUCCUGUUAUAAUCUCCCUCGGAUAUAAGCUCCUCCAUUUAUUAACCCUCCUAAAACCUCUUACAAAGAUGUAAGGGCAAGCUGCAGUUUACGGUAUGAUUCUAUCUCUCUGACUGGGGAAUAUCUCUACACCAGUUUUAAACCCAGAAGUUCACCAGAACCUGAAAGAAAAGUCAUUGUGAGAAAACACUGACGUUUAGAGAACUUACUCUUUCAAUGCUGUGUACAAGCAAUCUCGUAAAGAAAUUCUGUUCAAAGCUCAGGGUUCUCAUUAAGUUUUAAAGUAGACAGCUAGGAUGUAAACAGGCCGGUAACCAGGAUUUAUGUGGGGGUUGCUAACGAGGCCAAAGUGGACUUCUGACCAACUGGCAGCUUAUUUGCGGAAGAACCAAAUUUCUCAGAGGUCGUAGAAAACUUCCCGAUGUCAUUUAUUUCUUUUUGCAUCAUUGGUUCUAAGUGAUGCCGCGUUAGAUUGUAAUCAGUAUUCUCAGGUACUGGAGCUUGCAAAGUCUCUACAAUUUUAUAAACAAUGCGGAAAGUACACAUCUGCUUUUCAUGACAUCAGGGAAUGACG